GUCUUUAACGGGACACAGAUUUUACACAGAAUUUAGCAAGAAAUGGAAAACUCAACAGAUCAAAGCAGUUUAUCGUCUGUGAAACAUAUUUUUCUGGUGCUUUCUGGUAAAGGCGGAGUUGGUAAGAGUACUGUAGCUUCCCAACUCGCUUGUGCCUUAUACAGUAGAGGAAAGAAGGUUGGUUUGUUAGAUAUCGACUUGUGUGGACCUAGUAUUCCACGUUUGAUGAAACUUGAGGGUUCCAAUGUUCACAAGUGUUCUGACGGAUGGGUUCCUGUGUACACAAGACCUGACCAAAGGCUUGGUGUCAUGUCAAUUGGCUUUCUUCUAGCAAACCGCGAUGAUCCAGUUGUAUGGAGAGGACCAAAGAAAAACUCAAUGAUCAAACAGUUUAUUAGUGAUGUUUUUUGGGGUGACUUAGAUUAUCUUGUCAUAGACACUCCGCCUGGAACCUCUGAUGAGCAUAUAACAGUUGUGGAAAGUUUACAACCAUUUAGUCCAGAUGGAGCUAUUCUAGUGACGACACCACAAGUAAGGCAAAAAUCAAUAUAUAAAAUAAUAAAAGUGUCCAUCGUCAUCCCUCAUCAUCCCUCAUCAUCUCUAUUUCAGGCAGUGUCUAUAGAUGAUGUGAGAAGAGAGCUUUCAUUUUGUAGAAAAACUAAUCUAUCCAUAUUAGGAAUAAUUGAAAACAUGAGCGGAUUCAUUUGUCCACAUUGCUCAGAGUGUAGCAAUGUUUUUUCCUCAGGGGGAGGCAAGGCUCUUGCUAGACUAUGUAAUGUCUCAUUCCUGGGUAAUGUACCCUUGGAUCCUAAACUAGCUCGCUGCAUUGAGGAGAGUGAAGAUUUUCUUCAAGCAUUUGUUGAAAGUGAAGCCAACAAAAGCUUCAAUAAAAUCGUUGAUAAGCUUACUCAAAAGCACCAUUAUAAUUAACAACUUAUGAUCUUUUAAAGAAUUUAAUCCCAUCGACUUUAAUUCUCUGAGAGUGACUGACUUUACAUACGUUGAAGCCACGCUCUUUCAAACGUCCAAAUCCAUGGCGUUAAUUAUUUUGAAUAUAAAGCGCUCACAAAAACUACAAGAUGUUUUCUGCAAGCGAAAAACAAAGUUAUAUAUCAACUUUAGUGUUGACCUUAUUCUGUGGGGUUGUAGUAGUCCACAGAGACAAAUCGAGAAUCACUUAUUACGUAAUGUACAUUCCUUAAGAUGCGUUAACAUAAAGUAUCAUCACUAACCGCUGCCACUAAUAUCGUCGUCGUCGUCGCCAUCACUGAAAGAGUCGUCUGAAUCCGUGCUUGUGUCGCUGCUACCAUAAUAUAUCCCUCCUAACCGAACGUGGCUGCUACUGCCCAAGGGAUCAAUCAAAGAAGAUCUAAAACCAUAGAUUACAGCUUAAUCCUAAACCUAAAUCCCCAUACAAUGUCUUUAUAUUAUCAGAAAUAAAAUAUUUGAAAGGUAAAA